CCCAUACUAGAAAAUCCUUUUACCGAGUGAAUAUCGUCGAGACAAUGAUCUACCAAUGGCUUGGAUCAUCAAGGAUUCCUCCCGUCCGUGUCUGCAAGCAUGUGGCGGCUGCUUGCGCACACAAAUACGACCACACUGCAUGGAUAUUUAUUCACUGAUCCUAUAGUUGAGUCAUCGAGGAAUGGCAUGAGCUGGGCCAACAAGAGGCCCAAUAUGUAUGCAACGACUCCUCGGGGAGAGUCACAACAAAUCAUGACAAUAUACUAGGCAAAUACCUGAUGCCAAAUCCGGUGGAUGGUAGGUAGGUAAUGAAUAAAUACUGCCUCUUCAGGCUCUAUCCUCCAUCACCGUGCCUGAGAUUGACCAGAACCCCUCCGCCAAAUAGAAACCAAACCAAACCCUGUUGUCGAAACCCUCCCAGCUCAAACCCCACUUCCAAGUCCCCAUUCCACACUGGGCGCUAUUCGUAUUGGAUUGGAUUCUGGAUUCUUGUGUGCGCGUGCGACUGACCCAACCUGACUUGACUUGCUCAAGCUUUCAUCCACUCUUCCCCGGCAUUUGCAUUUGCAGUUCUUCUUUCACCUUUUUAAACCCAACGAGUCAACAAAUAUUGCCCAUCAUGUCGUCCGAGACCAAGGAAACCGACUACUCUCUGGCCAACCCAGAUACCCUUACCAAGUACAAGACCGCCGCUCAGAUCUCCGAGAAGGUCCUUGCUGAGGUCUCCAAGCUCGUCGUCCCUGGCGCCAAGAUUGUCGACAUCUGCCAGCAGGGUGACAAGUUGAUCGAAGAAGAAGUUGCCAAGGUUUACCGAGGAAAGAAGAUCAACAAGGGUUUCUCCCACCCCACUACCGUCUCCCCCUCGUCCUACGUCACUCCCUACACUCCUCUCACCUCCGACGAGGCUGAGGCCAAUACCGAGAUCAAGGAUGGUGAGGCUAUCAAGAUCCAGCUCGGCGCCCAGAUCGAUGGCUUCGGUUCCAUUGUCUGUGACACCGUGAUUGCUACCCCAGAGGACAAGGCAGGCGACAAGAUCACCGGUCGCACCGCUGACCUGGUUCUCGCCAACUACUAUGUCAACGAGCUUCUCCUGCGACUGAUGAUCCCCCCCGGUCUCCUCGCCCAGGGCAGCGAGGAGGAGAAGGCCAAGGCUGCCUCCCAGAAGGCCCCUACACAGGCCAAGAUCACCAGCCUCCUAGAAAAGGUCACCAAGGCCUACGAAGUUAACCUCGUCGAGAGCACCACCUCUUGGUUGUUCGACCACAACGAGAUUGAGGGCAGCAAGAAGAUUGUCCUUGCCCCCGCCGAGGGUACCAAGGGCGAGGGCGUUCCUGAGAUCGGUGAGGUAUGGGGUGUCGAGACCGGUGUCAGUCUGGGCUCGGGCAAGGUGAAGGGUCUUGAUCAGCGUGCUACCCUCCACCGCCGCACCAACCAGACCUACGGUCUCAAGCGACCCACCUCGCGAAAGAUCCUCAACGAGGUCCAGAAGAAGUUCGGCAUCUUCCCCUUCAGCUUGCGACAGCUUGAGGACGAGCGUGAUGCCAAGUCUGGUGUCGUUGAAUGUGUCCGAGGCAACGUCUUCCGCCAAUAUGAGCUAGUUGGUGACAAGGACAACUCCCCUGUUGCUCGAUAUCUCACAACCCUUGCCAUUACCAAGAACGGUAUCACCAAGCUUGGUGGCCCACCUCCUCUGGACCUCGAGAAGUAUGAGUCCGACAAGAAGAUUGAGGAUGAGGAGGUUCUCAAGAUCCUGGAGCAGCCCCUGGCCAGAAACACCGGCAAGAAGAAGAGCAAGCCUAAGAAGAAGACCGCCAAGAAGGAGGACGAUGAGGAGUAAAAGAAAACGACAAGAUAAGACGGACAAGCUGGAGAGUUGCUGAACAAUUGAUGAAAGAAUCCGAGGAUAGGCAAACAAGAAUCAAGUCAACCAGGAUGCAAACCCAACAUUCAGGCUCACAAGCUUCUCUACCGUUGGACGAGCUAUGCGGAUGAAAACACUUCCAUCGAACAGAGUGGGCAGCUGGAUGGUCAAUAUGCAUGAUUGGAAUCUCGAAAAGCGAAACACACCGUGUUGGUCAGGUGGUCUGGCAUGACCAGAAAGAUAUAUAUAAGUCUAACACAACCUGAUACUGAUCAACCAUGGAAUUCUGUCUAUGUGAUGCAUGUUUGCAAGAGUUCAACCGAACUGAUUGAAUCGUUGAGGCAUACCAAGGCAGGCUGGGCGCAAUAGCGAUAAGACUGACAAAGAUGGUUAGCGAGAGGCAAUAUGACUGAGAAUGCAAAUUAGGGAGAACCCACGAUACUGCGCACAUAUAUUUCUGCGCAGGGGCUGACUCCCAAAGUGCUGAGUGAGCGUGAACCACUCUUUGUCAUGCCCGCUGAUGGCGCAGACCCCCCGACAGCAUAUGGUUUAUGACGAUAUAUGGCAGCAAAGUGCGGAGAGGAGAGGUCAGACAGUCGUCCAGUUAUUGGUGAUGUGGCUGCCUUGAGUGCUGGGACUUGCAGAUAAGGGAUGACCCGGCUGAGUCGUCGUUGAAACACAGUACCAACAGUGCCAUGCCAAUUUGAUGUCUAUUACUGUUGGCAUAAGGCAUCAUAUACCCGUCGUACUGUUAGCUGCAGAUAUGGAGGUGAGCCAAGCUAGCCCCUAUUUAUCCAUUCAUACAAACAACAUGAUGAUUGACGCUACUCUCGAGUGUUAUUACACAUACUGACAAGAUGGACAAAAAAAAAAGAGUUCGACAUGAAAUGAUUGAGAAUGUAUGAGCUAUCAGGCUCCAGCUGCACUCAGUAGCAUAUUGAGCGGGAGCUAGUGGAUGGGUUGGGGAGUGAGUGUGGGUGGCUGGUUGCUGGGUGCGAGGGAGGAGAGCUCUAUUAACUUCAUUACCUGGAAGUUCAAGCUAUUUUACCAUGGGUUAAGACCCAGAGCUCUAUGUGGAACUAUGUAGAGAGAUUAAUAACAAGGGAAAGGAUGAAAAAAAGAAAGAUAAUGAAGUAAAAAGUAGGAAAGGAGGCGAACUCGGGAAGGUGAGCACAUGUAAAUGAGUAAAGCCAGGGAGGGUGCUUAGAAGCUUCGGUGCAACAGGAGCCACUGAAAAGUAAGAUAUCUUAGUGGAGGACCUACCUAGACACAGGAAGCAUGAAGAGCCACUUCCAUCCCAUCCAGUCCCUUCCCGGUUCACGAAAGUAGCAACCUAACCCGCGGUUUGUACUUGAACUAUCAC